AGAUGAUGAUGAUGAAAACACUUGUGGGCCCUCAGGACUCUGGGAAGCAUUAACUCCUUGUAAUGGAUGUAGGAACCUUGGCUUCCCCAUUCUUGCACAGGAGUCCUAUCCAAAGAAAAGGAAUUACACUAUGGAAAUUGUACCAUCUGCUUCACUGGAUACAUUUCCUUCAGAAAAUGAGAACUUUCUAUGUGAUCUCAUGGACACAGCAGUUACAAAGAAACCUUGCUCCUUAGAAAUUGCAAGGGCCCCUUCUCCAAGAACUGAUAAUGCCUCUGAGGUAGCAAUUACUGCUCCAGGAACUAGUAACCAUAGAAACAGCUCCACAGGCCCAACACCCGACUGCUCACCUCCAUCCCCUGAUACCGCCCUCAAAAAUAUUGUAAAAGUUAUUCGACCCCAGCCUAAACAACGAACAUCUAUUGUGUCUUCUCUGGAUUUUCAUCGAAUGAAUCACAACCAAGAAUAUUUCGAAAUCAGCACAUCUACAGGGUGUACAAGCUUUACUUCCAGCCCUCCUGUUAGUCCACCCACCUCUUCUGUGGCAACCACAGAAGUCAAGAACGAGGGAACUGGCCAUACAGAUGAUCUCGCUCAACAGGACAGUGAUCCCCCAAAAGAAUAUGAUCCGGGGCAAUUCGCAGGCCUUCUCCAUGGAUCCUCUCCAGCCUGUGAGUCCCCUGAAAAUCCAUUCCAUCUUUACGGGAAAAGAACUGAACGUGAAGAAGGACAAGAUGAAGUCAGUUUGGCAAAUAGUCCUUUGCCUUUGAAGCAGACUCCAGUAGAAAAUAAGUCGGAAUCUUUGGUAAAGAAAAUUAAGCCCAAAGUGGUCAGUAGAACAAUUUUUCACAAAAAAAACAACCAACUCGAGAACCACACCAUUGUUGGCACAAGAACAAGUAGGAGUGGCUCCCGGAAUGGGGACCAGUGGAUUGUGAACACUGGGGGAUUCGUGGAGAGAGCCUGUACCCUGGGGAGAAUCAGAUCAUUGCCGAAAGCCCUGAUCGACAUGCAUUUAUCCAAAAAUGUCUCUAAAUCAGAUUCUGAUCUCAUUGCCUACCCUUCAAGUGAGAAAACUUCAAGAGUUAACUGGAGUGAAUCUUCAAAUGCUGAACACAGUUCUAAAGGGAAUUCUGAAAGAACUCCAUCCUUCACUUCCGAGUGGGAAGAAAUUGACAAAAUAAUGAAUUCCAUAGAUGUUGGAAUUAACAGUGAACUUGAAGGAAUUAAUGGUGAGACCACAAGACCCCGAUGCCCUGUCCAAACAGUGGGACAAUGGUUGGAAAGCAUUGGGCUACCUCAGUACGAGAACCACCUGAUGGCUAAUGGAUUUGACAAUGUGCAGUUUAUGGGAAGCAAUGUUAUGGAAGAUCAGGAUUUGUUAGAAAUUGGAAUCCUUAAUUCUGGGCACAGACAAAGAAUUCUACAGGCAAUCCAGCUCCUUCCAAAGAUGAGACCCAUUGGCCAUGAUGGCUACCAUCCCACCUCCGUUGCCGAGUGGCUGGAUUCCAUUGAACUAGGUGACUACACCAAAGCCUUUCUAAUUAAUGGCUACACAUCGAUGGACCUGUUGAAAAAAAUCUGGGAGGUUGAACUUAUAAAUGUUUUAAAAAUCAGUUUGAUUGGCCACAGGAAACGUAUUUUGGCAUCUCUGGGAGACAGGCUGCACGACGAUCCACCGCAGAAGCCCCCCCGGUCCAUCACCCUCAGGGAACCCAGUGGUAAUCACACUCCUCCUCAGUUGUCUCCAUCACUUAGCCAAAGCACUUACACCACUGGUGGCUCCCUAGACGUUCCUCACAUUAUCAUGCAGGGCGAUGCAAGGAGGAGAAGAAAUGAAAACUACUUUGAUGAUAUUCCCCGAUCAAAACUGGAGAGGCAGAUGGCCCAGUCGUCUGUCUGUGAGAUAUGGACGAAUCAGAACGCUGGAUUUCCUUUCUCAGCCAUCCAUCAGGUUCAUAAUACAGGAGACUGGGGAGAACCUUCCAUUACUUUGCGACCUCCAAAUGAAGCCACAGCCUCGACUCCAGUGCAGUAUUGGCAGCACCACCCGGAAAAGCUCAUCUUCCAGUCGUGUGAUUACAAAGCUUUUUAUUUAGGUUCUAUGCUGAUAAAAGAGCUCAGGGGGACAGAAUCCACCCAAGAUGCUUGUGCAAAAAUGCGGGCCAACUGUCAGAAGUCUACAGAGCAAAUGAAGAAGGUCCCUACCAUUAUUCUUUCAGUCUCUUAUAAAGGAGUCAAAUUUAUUGAUGCAACAAAUAAGAACAUAAUUGCUGAGCAUGAAAUUCGUAAUAUCUCCUGUGCUGCCCAGGACCCGGAAGACCUCUCAACGUUUGCUUAUAUCACAAAAGAUUUGAAGUCCAAUCACCACUACUGCCACGUGUUUACUGCCUUCGAUGUGAAUUUAGCCUAUGAGAUCAUCCUAACGCUGGGACAGGCAUUUGAAGUCGCUUACCAGCUCGCGCUGCAAGCCAGGAAAGGGGGGCAUUCCUCCACCCUCCCAGAAAGCUUUGAAAACAAGCCUUCCAAGCCCAUCCCCAAGCCCCGAGUCAGCAUUCGCAAGUCCGUGCAGAUCGACCCAUCUGAGCAAAAGACUCUGGCCAACCUGCCGUGGAUUGUGGAGCCGGGACAAGAGGCCAAAAGGGGAAUAAAUACCAAGUAUGAAACCACAAUUUUCUGAUACUCACCGUCCUCCCGUCCUUGCGGUGCCUUGCACGCCGAGCAGUCCCAGAGCAGGCUUCCUGUCCAGCCCAGGAGGAAGACUGCUCUGUUUGUGUGGCCUUGUCACGGGCAAAAGGCUGCUGUCCAUUCCUGGGGACAUUCUUUCUGCACCAGUGACAGAAAGUGCAACUAAGACUUUUCAGUCAUAACCCCCGAGAAGCACGAGCAGAGAUUCUUGGCUGACUCUCCGGACUUCCCCCUGCCACCACCCAAGGUAUUUCUAAUGACUCUGCCCCAACACUUGCUUUGCUGUAUUUGGGGAUAUAUACCUUUAAAAAAGUACAGGGGAUCUCUAAUACUGCCUAAAAGUAUAAAAAUCUUGGGUUUAUUUUUCACCGUCAUCAGUUUUCAAGGUAGAAUCAGAACUAACCCCAGAAAACAUCUGUAAAAUCAUUAUCUCACUGAGUAUUGUUUCCUGCAAAAGGACAAAAACUACCCACCCUGAUUGCCAGGAAAUCCUGUUUCUCAAUUUCUAUAUUUGUGCAUUUUAUAUGUAAUCAGCUAUGUCAGAUAAAGAAAACCUUUACAUCUAUGGUUGAUUCAAAAACUUAAGAAUGAUUUAAAACAGAGGAAUUUAUUAUGAACAGAAGAAAUGUGUCUUGUAUUAAAUAUUUUUCUUAAAAGAAUGUUUCACUAAUGCAUUGAUAAGAAACUAGGUUAGUUGUGAGGGAUGUUUCUGGUUUUGUUUUGAAUAACUAAAUUUCUACUGCUACUACCAAGAGGACUGGCUCAGGCGUGGCAAGUACGAUGACACUCACCAGAGCAGGAGAUUCAGGCACGCAGGCUGGCGUCUUCCCCAAAGUGCUGACGCAGUCAUCAGCCUGCAAGGAUUUUUUUUCAAUCUUCACAGUUUUAAAGAACAUGUUAAAACAAAAAAAAACUAGGGCUCCUGCUGUCAUGGAAACCUUGUUUGAGAAAGGUGUUAAUAAAAUUCUAUUGCAAAAAAAUUUUUUUCUAGAAAAAAAAAAUUAAAAAAAAAAAGAUUCCAAAGUAAUAAAGCUCUUUUCUUGAAACAAAAAAAUAAACAUGUUUGCUUACUCUUUGAUUAAAUAAAAUUUACUUACAUUUCUUUAAGGUAUUUUAAUUUUUUAAUGUCUCUGUGGAGUAUUUGUAUGAUACCAUAAUGUAUAUUUAUGUAGAAUCAAAUUAUAUAAAAACAGUACCAAUAUCAUUAUAGAGAAAAAUAACAUUUUAAUGUAUAUUGUUCUAACCAUAUUGUGAAUCAUUUUGAAGUUCAUUAUAGCACUAUUGAGAAAUUGUGGGAUUGUCUUAAUGUUUUUUUUUAUUAACCAAUAUUAUUUUAAGCCUGACUGAGAUUAUCAGUUACAUUCAUCAGUUGGUGAGUUUUGAAGGACUAAAUUUUAUUUCAAAUUGACAAAUGUAUAUGGUUUUAGUUUAGUGUUAAAGAAUUUUAAUACAAUAUUAAAUUACUUGAACUGAACAGUUCCUUGUAUAUACUUUGCCUAUUCACUGUUGAUAUGUAUGUAGUAAAUUGAGAGUAAAAUAACACUAAAAUAUGGUACCAAAAGGAAAUUGUAUAGGAGCAAAGUAAAUAGUAUCUUUGCUGAGACAGAAACAUAUGUGUAAAUAUGCUUGGGCUUCCAGUUAUAAAUUUUGUAAUUUUUGUCAUUAUUUAUAUCCUAUAAAAAGCACACAAAAUAAAACGGAAACUA